ACUGCAAUUACAUUAUAUACUUUCGGUUUCACAGCUACAUUUUUAUGUUUGUAAGUUAGUUUUUUCAGGUACAGUGGAGUAUGUCUCAAAAAAUCCGUAGCACGGUUCCCAGUUCUAAACAUGCCGAUUUGUAUAAGUUAGGAUCACCACCAACAUGGAAAGAAUCAUAUAAACGUCGAUGCGCUGUCCGCUUAAAAGGUAGCAGAGCAAAAUUGCUACAACGCUACAGAGAUUUGGGAGAUGUGGAUACAUCAGAAAACAAACCUGAUUUAGACUCUAGUGUUGUAGACGAUGUAAUGCGAGAAGAAUGGGAUCUGAUGCAAAAUACUUCAGAAACUGAUUUCAAUGCAAUGCUUGAUACUAUGGAGCAAAUCAAACUAGAGCUAAUGCUACAAGAAAGAGAAAUCCUAAUGCAAUAUGACCGUAUGAAGGAGUUUGAUGAAUCAACUUUCAAGAAUGUUGUUUCUGAACAUGAUAGUAUAAAUAACUCACAUGUAGUGCCCUGCCCAAUAUGCCAUUCCAACUAUCUUGAAAAACAUCUCAACAUUAUUGUUUGCAAAUGUGGCGUACAGAUUGACACAGAACAAGACUGUAUUACUUUGCAACAUAUUGAUGUGCAAUUGAGAGUUGGGGUCAAUUCACAUACUGAGCACUGUGAUGCAAAACCAGUUUUUGGAUUGAUUGAAAACUUGGGAUCAAAAAACUUGCUUAUGUCCUGUAAUUCCUGUGAUUUUAUGUUUGUGGUAAUUUAACAUACACAACACACCUCAGUAUUUUGCACAUUUUCUUUCAAAAUCCAAAGUUCAGUCGAAGUUUUAUACUUUAUUCAUCAAAUGCUUAUUGCCAAUCAUAAUCAAUAGAAUCGUAGGAUUCAUCUAAAUCGUCUAUUAUGAAUUUUCCAAGCAGUCCUUCACGAAAAUCUGCUAACAUGAGAUUUGCUGCAUAGUUGUAGUCUGGUAUUUUUAUAACCUGCGAUCCAGUUCCAGUAAGAACCUUCCGGUUUUGAUAUUUUUUUGCUUUUAUCGCAAGAUUCAAUAGCACUUUAUGUAUGUCAUCACAUGGUUCCUGGAAUCCAUACUUUUCCAUAUAUCUGUAAAACGUUUUUUGUUUUCAGGAGAAUAGGUAACAAAUAAAUAUUGCAUUUCGCUUAUCCCAAA